UAACCGUAGUUCUCUUGACUUUGAAGACGAUCUCUUUUAUUUGUGGUGCUUUCCUGAAACAGUAUCUGUAACACUGGGUCUGUGCAGCUUUAUUCCUCCGACUUCUGUUUGUGUUAACCGGCACAUUAUGAAAGGUGAGCAGGGUUUAGCAGAUUAUAUCUUCCAGUAAGUUCUACAACAGAACUUUUGCUUUGUGGAAAACCAGGCUCAUGAUUAACUCAACACAAGAUCCAUAUUUCAUCCUUUCUGCCUACUAUGACACUGGGGCAUUUAAAUACUUGUGUUUCCUCAUUAUUAUGUUUCUGUACAUAUUUAUUGUUGCAGCCAAUGUUUUUCUGAUGGUGGUGAUCUGUGUGAACAGGAGCUUACAUGAACCUAUGUACAUGUUCCUGUGCAGCCUGUUUGUUAAUGGACUGUAUGGCAGCACAACCUUGUUCCCGUUCCUCCUGGUCCAGAUCCUCUCUGACGUUCACUUGGUUUCUGCUCCGCUCUGUUUCCUGCAGAUUUUUUGUGUUUAUUCUUAUGGAAGUAUAGAAUAUUUAAACUUAGCCAUCAUGUCUUAUGACCGAUACCUGGCUAUUUGUUCUCCGUUACAAUAUAAUAAAUAUAUGUCUUAUAAUAAGGUUGCAGCCCUUAUAGCAGUUAUAUGGUUGCCCCUGAUUUUUGUAAAUAUUGUUGUGCUGUCUGUGGUUGUUCCUUUGAAACUCUGUGGAAACAUUAUUAACAAGGUCUACUGUGACAACCACUCUGUGGUGAAACUGGCCUGUUACGACACCACAGUCAACAACAUCUUCGGCCUGUCUGUUAGUGCUCUCUCUGUGUUCGCUCCUUUCAUUUUAAUCCUUCACACCUACAUGAAGAUUCUCAGAGUGUGUUUCUCUGGAUCUAAACAGACCCGACAGAAAGCUCUCAGCACCUGCACCCCUCAUCUCGCCUCCCUGUUCAACUUUUCCUUUGGCGCCUGCUUUGAGAUAUUACAGAGCAGAUUCGACAUGAGCAGCGUCCCAAACUCACUGAGGAUCUUCUUAUCAUUGUACUUCCUCACAUGUCCACCGCUCUUCAACCCUCUAAUGUACGGCCUCAAUCUGGCUAAGGUCCGUGUUGCAUGUAAAAAUCUCUUAUCACAAGUCCGGGUCACAGAGGCAGUAGCCUCAGGAGAGAGGUCCAGGCCGCCCUCUCCUGGGCCACUUCCUCCAGAUCCUGCAGAGGAACCCCCAGGCCAGACAGGAGAUGGGAGGAUGCGAGGCCUCCUUCCGGUGGGACAUGCCCAGAACAACUCUAACAGGAGACUGGUCCCCGUCCCGGAUGAGUCCAAACUUGAGGAGUUUGACAGAAGGGUACCCAGAGGUGUAGUCAUCAGUGUAGAGGGAGAAGAGCAGUGGAGAGAGGGUGUGAUGGAGAUGGUGGGGGAAGUGGAAGACCAGCAGGGUUGGAGGAUGGUGUUCCACAAUGCUCUGUCGGUGUCUGCAGCAUACCACCUCUACAAUCAGGAAGCGAGAAGGGACAAAAAGACUCUUGGUGGCUGUUAG